AUGAGUAUGGAGGAGCGGACACAGAGGCCAAUCAAAGGCAUCCUGAAGAACAAGGGCUCCCAGAAGAGCGGCGUCCGUGUGCUGACCAAGGAUGAGCUGGCCCAGGACAGAGAGGAUGAUCAGAGUAAGAAAUCGCAGAAGUGGGAUGAAAUGAAUAUUCUGGCAACAUAUCACCCUUCUGACAAAGACUAUGGAUUAAUGAAAAUCGAUGAGCCUAGCACACCCUACCACAGAAUGGUUGGCGAUGAUGAUGAUGAAGGAGCCAUGAGUGAUUCGGAGUCAAAUGAAGCGCUGACAGCAGAUGUCUUGGCAGAGAAGCUAGCUGCCGCAGAAGGAAUGGAUCCAAAAUUCCUGGCUGAAGAGGAGAGCAGUGAAGAAGAGGAGGAAGAGCUGACACCAGAGGAAAGAGAAAAGAAAAAGGAGUUUGAAAUGAAAAGAAAACACCACUACAAUGAAGGCAUGAAUAUAAAGCUGGGCAGGCAGUUAAUAGAAAAAGAACUUGCAGGAAAUGAAGAAGAUGAAGAAGAAGAUGAAGAUGAGGAGAUGCAAGAUAUAACAGACACAGAUGGUAACGAUGGUAGGAUGGGGCACUCUUGUUGUUGGUGCUUUCAUGGAGGAUUCCAGAGAAAGUGGUAAGUCUAA